AUGGCAACCUAUGGCCAUGCCAUCAGAAGGGAUGCAUACAAAGCAACCUAUGACCAUGCCAUCAGCCCAAUCAAUGGCAAAAGAAUGUGGCCCUACACUCCAGAUGCUCCAAUUCUGCCUCCAGUAUACAAGAGGAAGGCUGGAAGGCCCAAAAAGCUGAGGAGGAGGGAACCACACGAGGAUGAUCCUGAGGAGGGAGCCAGACCUGUGCCUGUACAUAGAUGUGGAAGGUGUGGUGGCACAAGCCAUAAUGUUAAAACUUGCCCAAACCAAGUCAGCACUCAGCCCACAACAGAUCCAAUUCCUCCACAGGGUAAUGUGACAGAUCCUCAAGAACCAGCACAGGAGCAAGCUGGAAACCAGGCACCAACAACAGCUCCAACCCCUCCAUAAGGUUCUGCAGAUCCAGUGGAGCAAGCUGAGGUUGUGAUGGAAGUUCAUGGAAAUGGAGAGAUGGCAGAUCCAGUGGAGGGGUCUCAAGUUCCAGCAACUGCAGAGGGAGAGGUUCCAAACACUACAGAGGGACA